CACCAGCGCCGCCAUGGGGGGCAGAGGCGCGGUCCGCGUCCCGGACCGGUGGACCGACUACAUCCCGGUGGGCAGGAGGAUACCGGGAACGCGCUUCAUCGCCUUCAAGGUGCCCCUGGGGAGGAGCUUUGAUCAGAACCUUCAUCCAGAGGAGAGAUUUUCACCCCAUGACCUCAUUAAGAAAAUCAAAGAGCAGAAGGAAGAGCUGGGCCUGAUCAUUGACCUGACCUACACCACUCGUUACUACAGGCCAGAGGAGCUCCCAGCCUCAGUCUUCUACUCAAAGAUCUUGACAAUGGGACAUCAAAUCCCAAACAGGCACACCGUUUCUCAGUUCAAAUAUGUUGUAAAACAGUUUCUGAGAGACAACAGAAACAACAAUAAACUCAUAGGAGUUCAUUGCACACAUGGCUUGAACAGAACUGGCUACCUGGUUUGUAGGUACCUGAUUGAUGUUGAAGGCAUGGAGGCAAACACUGCAAUUGAGUUGUUCAACAGAGCUCGAGGGCAUCCUAUAGAGAGAAUCAACUAUAUCCAACAUCUUCAGCAGAGACCUGUAAAAAAGAACUGGGGACUAAAUGGAUUGGACUCAGACUGCUUCAGACAAAAAGCUGCCCCUACCCCAGCCAGCAACAACCAGAUGAUCAAACAUUAUUCACAGCAUUCAGACCAGUUCCCCAUAGCGGUGCCCAGGAAAUCUGGCAGCCCCAAGAAGAGCCGUAGGAGAGGUGCCAUGGCACAGACACAGACACAUGAGCUCAGGGCGAUGGAUCCAAGGCAGCCCCACGGGCUGGCAGCGAGGAACUGUCAGCUCUUGCUCCCCACCAAGGAGCAGAGCAAUGGACUGUUCUUUCCCCCUCAGAACCCCCAGUUCUGCCCAGCUCAGGGAAUGCAGCCUGCCAGGAGACGCAGGCACCAUCACUGGAAACCUGUUGGGACAGCAUAGGGAAUGUUGUCCGUAAGGAAAGCCCAUCCAGGGCU